AACAGCAAGCAUGUCAGGGUGGUUCAGUGCGCGAAACAUUGCCAUUGUCGGCGCGGUCGGAGCGGGCAUAUUCCUCUUCCCGAGGACGGCAGCCAAGGCGAACAUGAAGUACGGCCAGCACAUCACGGCCACGCGUUAGUUUACGGAUACAGAUCUGACAGAUGCACAGCAACGUCUUCGAGACGCCGGGCGUCAAGAACAUUGGGGACCGCUAUGCCGCAGGCGGAGCCUCCAACACGCAUCAGACCGGCGUAGCUACCCCGAGAGGCAACUCGGACAACACCAUCUCGAACCAAUCACAACCCAAGGGCAUCGACACGCCGCGGUUUCAGAAGGAGCAGGCGGACCAAAAGAUUGGCGAUCCCAGUCCGCCAGAAGCCGCGUUCAGGUCUGCACAUUACGGCCCGAACAACGAGAAGGGCAAGUAAAGGGGGGAAAUAUAUCUCGCGGCCGUGGUGUAAUGUGGGCGGCGCUGGAGUUCUGUAAUAAAGCCAUAGCAUCAUAGCAU